AUGUGGGUAGUCAAGGACAUUGAGUUUGAUCAAUUUGACGAAAAUACUGGGCGUCAUCUUAGAGAGAUGAAUUUCUGGGGUAUCCAUUCGAUUCAGAGGUUUCAUGGUGAUGUCAUCGAGAGGCUUCCAAAAGGUAGUCUUGGCACAACAAUUGAGAUAGUGGAUGAGAAUUUCUCUUGGGGUUCAUCUUCCCUUAAUCCAACGUUGAAGGAUAUUAAUUUGCGGGUGUGCCGCGGCAUGAGGGUUGCUGUUUGUGGUACCAUAGGCUCAAGUAAAUCAAGUUUACUCUCCUGUGUGAUGGGAGAGGUGCCUAAGAUAUCCGGUGUCCUUAAACUGUGUGGAACAAAGGCAUGUGUUGCUCAGUCUCCUUGGAUACAGAGUGGUAAGAUAGCAGAGAACAUCUCGUUUGGUAAGGAGAUGGACAGAGAAAGGUAUGAAAUGAUCCUUGAUGCAUGUUACUUGAAGAAGGACCUGGAGGUUCUCUCAUUCAGUGACCAAACAGUUAUAGGUGAACGGGGAAUCAAUCUGAGUGGCGGCCAGAAGCAAAGAAUACAGAUUACACGUGCGCUUUACCAGAACACUGAUAUUUAUCUGUUUGAUGAUCCUUUCAGUGCAGUGGAUGCUCAUAUAGGAACCCAUCUCUUUAAGGGAUGUUUGCUUGGUCUUUUGGGUUCAAAAACAGUGAUUUAUGUUACACACCAAGUAGAGUUCUUACCUGCUGCUGACCUCAUACUAGUCAUCAAGAUGAAAGCUAACCUGAGACUGAUGAUGGGGAUUCAAAGCAAGACGAAAGAGGGAAUUCUGAGGACGUUUUCUGGUCAUAAGACUUUUGGGAAUAAUUAUCGUAUUUGCUCUAUUGAAAGACAGAACUGA